UUUAGCCAAACAAAUCCUUUGGCAUAUUCAAAAACCAAAAGAAUAUCUUUAAUUAGCUCAUUCCUUGCCUCGAUAUUCCUUGAUGGUGAUGGAGAAAAAUUAAAAUUGAAACUUGAUUGUAGAAUCAUUCCAUUUACAGGUGAUAAUCCAGCCACUCUUAUAUCUAUGAAUCUUACUCCUGGAGAUAUAUUAAUAUCAUUAGGAACAUCAGAUACAAUUUUAUUGUACACAACUAAACCAUCACCAACAAUUGAAUCACACACACUAUGUCAUCCAACAAAUCCAUCAGCUUAUAUGUCAAUGAUAUGCUAUAAGAAUGGAAGUUUAACACGUGAGUACAUUCGUGAUAAAUAUACAACAACAAUAAGAAAUGAUAGCAAUGAUCCCUCCUUGUUGUCAUCAGCAUGGACACUAUUCAGUCAAUUGUUGAAAACCUCAAAACCAAACAAAAGAAAAAUGGGAUUUUAUUUUUUAGUGCAGGAGAUCAUACCAUUUGCAAAAGGAAUUUAUAGAUUUGAAGAUAGCCAGCUGAUUGAUGAGUUUCAAGAUGAUCCUAAGCUUGAUAAUGUUAGGUGUAUCAUUGAGUCACAGUUUAUUUCAAUGAGAAUCAGAAUCGAGAAAUUGAUUAAUGAUUUUGAAAACUCAGUCAAUAAAGUAGUUGUUGUGGGAGGAGCAAGUAAAAAUCAUGAAAUUUUACAAGUGUUAUCAGAUGUUUUUGGCAAAGAGAUUUGGAAACAAAAGCAUCAUCAUAAUUGUAAUGAUAAUAACGACAUCAACGCAGCUUCUAUGGGGGCUGCUAUGAAAGCAAAGAUGGCAUUCAACUAUGAGAAUGAUUUUGAAGAUGAAAAGUUGGAAAUUAAUUCUUUUGUUAGUGUUGCGAAACCUAGAAUUGAAUAUACUGAUAUCUAUAAGGAUAUGUUUAACAUCUAUAAAGAAUUAGAAAAUAUU